AAAACAGCCAUUGUCACUCUAACCACUGAAGGUCACUAAAGACGGAAAGGAGGUUAAAUCGUUCGUUUUGCGUCUCAUUCGUCUCGAUGUUUCAUGAAUUGGCUGGUUGGUAUAGGAGGUGGCGAUUCGGUGAAGGGACACGUAUUGAUUUAGUUUUAAUUGGCCCACCAGGUAGUGGAAAAGGGACUCAGGCAGUCAAAAUAGCUGAACGUUAUAAAAUCUGCCAUUUAUCUACUGGAGAUAUUCUUAGAGCCAUUAUAGCAUCGGGAUCAGAACUUGGCCAAAAAGUACAGAAAAUUACGGAAUCAGGAGGACUUGUUUCAGAUGACAUAGUUUGUGACCUAAUCGCACAAAAAAUCAGUUCUCCGGAAUGUAAAAAUGGACUUCUAUUCGACGGGUUUCCACGCACACUAGAACAAGCUAAAAAACUUGAUAACCUUCUUAGAGAUCGUCAGAUUCAUCUGUCGGCUGCCUUGGAAUUCAAGCUCGAUCCUUCCAUUCUGGAAAAAAGGAUUUGUGGCAGAUUAUUCCACUUAGCUAGUGGUAGGUCAUAUCAUGAAUUGUUCAAUCCCCCGAAAGUCCCCAUGGUAGAUGACACCUACUGAUGGAAAUAACGCUCUUAUAGACUGAAUUCUCGGGUAUUGAUCUCGUACCAGGAGGCCUUCGCCAACUUACGUCAUCUAUGGUGAAUGCGAGACAUCCGUCCAUCAAUAAAAGGACAAGUAUACUGCGCGGCAGUUCAUUCCGUUCUAAGAGUAGAAGAUACUCAUUACUGGUGAUCGUCUCGUCUAUCGCUCCGACGACAAACCUGAAGCUUUGAAAAAGCGCUUGUAUGAGUAUGAGAAAAAUGCAGCACCUAUUUUACAUUUCUAUGAGUCUCAAAAUAAACUACUUCGAAUAAACGCAAACAAAGAUGUUAAUCAGGUGUUCAGUGAUAUUCAAGAACUUAUUCGUGCGAAAUUAGCAGAAGGACGAUAGGUGUAUAAAAUGUUCUUAGCGAUCUUAUUUUAGUGUUUAAAUUAAAAGACUACUUCGAACAAUAUCUACCACUAUACUUUCCUGGGUUUUUAUUGAUGGAUAGUUUCCCUAUAAACAAUAACCAAAUUAUGUGUAGCUUUGUUUUCCCGAGAUUAAUUUUGUGUAUUGCAUAAUAAAAACCUCCAAUUAUCA